AUGAUCUCGACACGGUUGUUAGUCAAACGGGCAGCUUUAAGAUGUCGUUCAGUCACAACUUUCAGUGGUCUUACCUCCGAGCAAUUUAUGAAGACUUCGACGAACGAGCCAAUCCUUCAAUACAAAAAAGGGAGCAAUGAAAGAAAAGCCUUGGAGGAAGAAAUAGCAUCGAUGUCAAAACGAACGGCUGAAGUUCCGCUUCGAAUUGGUGAUAAAAAGAUUAAGAACAAGUUGGAAAAGAAUCAAGUGAUGCCGUCUGAUCAUCAAUCGGUUUUGGCGAGAUACACGCAUGCAACCGCCGAACAAAUCAAUGAAGCAAUUGAGGCGGCGCUUUUGGCUCGAGAAAAAUGGGAACAUACUCCACUGAAGAAACGCGCCGACAUACUUCUGCAUGCAGCCGACUUGUGUGGUGGAAAAUAUCGAAUGAAGUUGAACGCAUCUACUAUGCUAGGACAAGGGAAAAACAUAAUCCAAGCGGAAAUUGACGCGGCUUGCGAACUGAUCGACUUUUUUCGAUUCAACGCAAAAUAUGCGCUAGAGGCUGCUGGAUGGGAUCCUAUUUCUACAAAGAUUUCUACUAAUAAAAUGAUUCUACGCUCUAUGGAGGGUUUUGUUGCUGCAAUUGCACCAUUCAAUUUUACUGCAAUCGGAGGAAAUUUGUCGGCAGCACCUGCACUUAUGGGAAAUGUGGUCCUCUGGAAGCCGUCCGAUACUUCUGUCUAUAGCAAUUACAUCAUUUAUGAAAUUUUAGAAGAAGCCGGAAUUCCGCCAGGAGUAAUCAAUUUCCUUCCAUCCGAUGGACCAACUUUUGGCAACACUGUCACUAAGCAUCCACAACUUGCCGCUAUAAAUUUUACCGGAUCAGUGCCCACAUUCAAGACUUUAUGGAGGAAUAAUGUGGUGGCAAAAAUUUUCACUUUAUCCAUCCGUCCGCAAAUACUGAUUCAGUGGCUGCUGGAACUGCCAGAUCUGCUUGGGAAUAUUCUGCAAAAGAUUGCAGCAAUUCAUAAGGAAGUGAAGCUUGGAGAUGUACGCGAUGGGUCUAUAUUCUUGUCAGCUGUCAUUGACGAUAAAGCCUUCGCUCGAAAUAAGAGUUACAUCGAUUAUGCUAAAACCGGACAAGAUGGAGCAAAAAUUGUACUUGGAGGAAAAUGUGACGACUCAAAAGGCUAUUAUAUUGAGCCAACACUAAUUACUGUGACAAAUCCAAAAAGCAAACUGCUAACCGAGGAAAUUUUUGGCCCCGUCGUGACAGUUUAUGUUUAUGAGGACAAUCAAGUGGAAGAGAUUUUGGACGGAAUAAAGGACGCAACUCCAUAUGGGCUUACCGGGGCUGUAUUUUCCGGAGACAAAAACUUCCUUUAUCAUGCGCGUGAUAAGUUACGUGAUGCUGUUGGAAAUCUUUACCUCAACGACAAAUCAACAGGAUCGAUAGUCGGGCAACAACCAUUUGGUGGCGGUCGAAUGUCAGGAACGAAUGACAAAGCCGGCGCUCCACAAUAUGUGUUGAAAUGGACCUCGCCUCAGACAAUCAAGGAGACACAUACGGAGAUUCCCGAAUGGCGCUACCCUUCGAUGGAC